UUUUCUCGGUAUUUAGACUUACAAAACUCAAGGUUGUUAGCUUAUCGUUGACAUAGCACCUUUUCUGAUCCCAAGGCUAAGGAACAAUACUGUACUUAGCUAGAUCUAGACUCUAGUACUUUCAUCACAUCUACUAUCUGAAGUAGACUCUAUACGCAAAUCUAGACUAGGUCUAGAUCUACAUCUAAUCUAGACCUUUCACAGUCAACAAACAAAAAGAAAUGUCCGAUUCAGUUUUUAAAGAUGUGGAAAGUGCCCCACCAAUACAAGUAUUUCAACUCACAAAGUUAUUUCUUGAUUCUACUGAUCCAAAUAAAGUGAACCUUGGAGUUGGAGCUUACAGAACAGAAGAAGGAAAGCCAUGGGUGUUGCCAGUUGUUCGUGCCGCUGAACUCCAAAUGGCCAGUGAUGAAACUUUAAAUCAUGAAUACCUUCCUGUUGCUGGGCUACCUGACUUCAGAACAGCUGCUACUAGAAUAUUGUUGGGCCAGGGUCAUAAAGUACUUGCGGAAGGCAAGGUUGAAAGUUUUCAAGCUCUAGGUGGAACAGGAGCAUUGAGACUUGGUGCUGCUUUUUUGAAAAAUGUGAUGAAAUUCAGUACAGUGUACAUAUCAGAUCCCACUUGGGAAAAUCACAGAGGCGUCUUUCAAGCUGCUGGAUUCAAUGAUAUCAAGCUAUACAGAUACUGGGACAAUGAAACAAGAGGUCUGAAUUUUGCUGGCAUGUGUGAAGAUCUUUCAAAUGCUCCAGCCAAUGCUGUUGUUAUAUUGCAUGGAGUAGCCCAUAAUCCAACUGGUAUUGAUCCAACUAGAGAGCAGUGGAGACAAAUAGCUCAGAUAUGCAAAGAGAAGAAUUUGUUUGUUUUCGUUGACUGUGCAUAUCAAGGGUUUGCAAGUGGAAGUUUAGAGGAAGAUGCUUGGGCAUCUCGUUAUUUGGCUGAUCAAGACAUUGAUAUGUUUGUUGCACAGUCUUUCUCUAAAAAUUUUGGACUUUACAAUGAGAGAGUUGGCAAUCUUGUGGUGAUCUCAAAAGAUCCUAAAAAGUUGACUGAAAUCCGAAGCCAGAUGGAAAUUCAAAUAAGAGUUGUGUGGUCAAACCCACCCAAUCAUGGAGCACGAAUUGUGACCACUGUUCUCAACAAUACUGCUUUUUUUGAAGAAUGGAAAGGACAGAUUCUGACAAUGGCUAACAGAAUUAAGAAAAUGAGGCAAGAACUUUUGGACAAUUUGAAAAAACUUGGUACGCCUGGAAACUGGGAUCACAUAACAAAGCAGAUAGGAAUGUUUAGUUACACUGGUCUAACAGAAAAACAAGUUGAAUAUUUGAAAAGCAAGAGCAUAUAUUUAUUGAGUAGUGGACGUAUCAGCAUGUGCGGUCUUACUUCUAAAAAUGUUGCUUAUGUUGCAAAAACCAUGGAUGAAGCAAUACGUGCUUACCCCACACUAAACUUUUCUGCUCAUGCUGGGGAACCUGGACCUGGAGAUGAGAGUUUCUCAUUUGUUGAAUUUGCAAGGCAGAAAUUAAAUCCACCAGAGCAAGGCUAUAAUGUGGUUAAAACAUCAGUUAUCAUUGAUGGAGCGUUGGAAAGAGAGAUGGGUGAGAAUGAGUUCAAACUAAAAGACACUGAAAGCUCAGAGUCCUUUAUCAAAAUAAAAAUGCUCGGAGUUUUAUCCUCCACAUCAACUCCUGAAGCAGAGUCCAAGCAGUGUGUCACAUUGGAUGAGGAAGCCGAAGAUGGAGAAAAUGUGGAUCUUGGGGAAGUCCAGAAUAUUCUAAGCAUAGAUACUCAAGCUGGGACAUUAAGAACUUCAGUGAAGACCUUCAAAACAAGGAGCAUUCAGACAGUGGCUUCUGACAAAGUGGAACCAGACACAUAUAAAAACAGAGCGAUUCCAGCCAGGUUUGAGGGCACCAUGAUGACACCUGUUUACUUUGAUGGCAUUAUGAUUACUCCAGAAAAAUUAGAUGUCAUGUUAACAGAAGCUUCAAAAAAAGGUGACAACUUUUCUUUACCCAUCAAAUUACAAGGUGGUAUGCUGUCCACAGCGUUUAAAGCCAUGUCCCAGACAGAUAAAGGAGAUGAACCUGUUCCAGUUAAGUUUCAUGGAAAGCUCCAAGGUUUACUAGAACCUAACAAAGAUGGUCAGUCUGUCCCUGUCACAUUUGAUGGAAAUAUGAGAAAAUUAGAGUAAAAUUACUUGACAAUUACUGUACUUCAAAUGCUAAAGUGAAACCAAAAAUUUAACACAAUGCCAUUUUUUUUCAAACUUUUUAAAAACUUUAUCUUUAUAUCUAUUUACAAAUGUUGAGUAAAUUACUAAAAUAAAAUGCAAAAAUUC